AUGUCUGAAGUCGACGCCAUGGAUUGGCAGCCGAUGCUAACUCCUCCUCACCCCCACCCCAUCGCGCCGUACUAUUACACAGGCUACAUGCCUGGUGGAUGGCCAGAGCGCACACUAGAUCGACCAAACACCCAAUAUCGCCGUCCUGCCCCAGAUUCACAGUGGAUUGAGCGCGACUUGAAGAGAGUCUGUCGUGGUAUCGAAUUAGCUGGUGACGCCGCAUGUCAAGGCGCACGAGCAGCAGGCAAAGGCGCUGGUAGACUCGCAGUCGCCGGCGCCCGUCGCGCAGGACAAGAGACACUCAGAGGUACUGUCGCUGUCGGUCGCGUCGGUUUCGCCGUCGCAAAGAAAGCCGCCGUUACCACAUCCAACUCCACCAUCGCCAUCAUCCGUCGCUGCCAGCGAAACAGUCCUCGAGAUCUACAGAAGAGAGCUCAAGCAGAAGCCAAGCGCGCUGCUAUGAAGCGCAAGCUUGCAGACAUACUUGCUCGAGAACAGAAGAGAAAGAGUCUUGCAUGCCACGCCGCUCAAGAAGAGCAGAGAAAACGCGCAUACGAAGUCGCUCAAGAAGCUGCUCAAGAGGCCAAGGCCAUCGAUACACCCAUCAAUGUCAGUCCAAAGACGGGUAUAAUGCUCGCUCACCUGGCUCAAGCGGAAGCUCAAGCGGAAGCCAGAAACGCUGCUGCUACCGAAGCUGCCAAUGCCGAGCUACUCCAGAGAUUCCUUCAGCGCAAGAUAUUUCAGGGUAGAGGAACAGCUUUCGCCCGACGUGCCAUAAAAUUACAGCCACGCAGACCACAGGGCAUAACAAAGUAUCUGCCAUCGCCUCGUCGUGUCCGCAACCCAUACAGCACUAUGCUCUCAUACGAUCACAACGAAAAAGGCACGCAGACUGAUCCAGUCGCUCAGAAAGAGGAGAAUCUCGCCGAGCAUGUAGCAUACUGGCAGAACUUGGAGCGAACCGGCGCCUCUGAAGUCGACGUUCACGCAACAUAUAUCCACAGCUCUGAUCGAGCCACUCAGAUGAAUCGCCCAUUGUUCCCAAGAACGAGCGUCGAUCUUGACGCCCUUGCUAUCGAGGCACUAGAGCAAUCCACCGAGGUUCAGACAGCUACUAAGACUACACAACCCACAUACUCGAAAGCGGCACCAACUGGCACACAGAAUAAGACUUUGAAGACGCCAAAGACUGCAGCACUACAGCGUGUUCCUCAGACAGGAUACUCCAACAUAUCGUCGACCGUCGAGCACACCCCAGUGCAGCCCAUAGCAGUCACGCCAGCUAGACCGAAGAGAGUAGAGGCCCUGGCUGCGACACCAGCAAAACCACAGACACCAUUCUCUGAUAUCUCUUCUACGGUCGAAAUGACCCCGCCGCAAGUUCAAGCAACUCACGCUAUGCCUCAAACACCGCUGUCCGACAUUUCCUCCACAUUCAGAGAGACUCCGCCAAAGCCCCAGACGCCACUCUCUAAUAUCUUGUCAACCGUCACGAAGACCUUUGCUCGUGCUAAGGCAACCGAACCGAAGGAUCGGACACCAUACUCCGACAUAUCAUCCAAUGUCGCUCCUACUCCUGUUCGUACUGAACCAAUCAAAGCGAAGCAUCAGACUCCAUACUCUGAUAUCUCUUCGAAUGUCGCUCCCACUCCCAUUCCAGCUUAUCACACCGUCCAAUCCGUAGCCGACGCCGUUGGUUCUCCAUCAUCAUCUACAAAGGCCCCAGGAAAAUCGCCUCUCCCACGUACCUCACACGUAGGGAUCACUAAGUCUCCGCCAGGAGCAUGGAUUGAUGAAGAAACCACUAUGGAACAGGACCAGAAAUCGAAAGAAGCAACUAUUACGUUGACCUUCAGGACACCAGCCCGGCGCGCUGUGUCAAAUAAAGCCCUCCGUGGCUUAAGUGAUGAUGAGAAGAAAGAGGAGAUCAAGGAACGCGUUCGUACACCACCAGAGCAUGAGACGCCACCAAAGUCGAGCGUUCAUGGCAGAAAACGAGACCGCACGAAGCAGGAAAUCAAGGAGCGACAAGAAGAGGCUCAGAAGAAGAAGAACCAGUACACUAUCACGCCUCUGUCAGACGAGUGGGACGACAAGGUCGAAGAAUACAUACAGAACGGCCUCCCAGAGGCGGAGCUCACCGCAAAAGACCUUGGACGAUGUGCACCACCCAGAGACGCGUCGGCGAACCACGACAACUGGCUGAAUGACGAAGUGAUCAACAAAUACCUGAAGAUGGUGACUGAAUACGGAAACAACCUUGCAGGCCGCCCGAGAGACAAAACGCCCGCUUUUCACGCGUUUACCUCGUUUUUCUACUCCAAGAUGGCCGAUCCAAAACAAGGUGUGAAGACGAUCCUCCGCUGGGUCAACAAAGCCCGCAUUGGCGGCAAACGAAUGCUGGAGACCGAGAUGGUCUUCGUACCUAUCAAUUCCGGCUCGCAUUGGACUCUCGCUGUGGUUUCUGGCGUCAACAGAACCAUUAGCUACUACGACUCGCUGGGGAGCAAACGCUCCAGCUACAUGGAGGUUUUGCUGGGCUGGCUGGAAGUAGAGCUAGGAGACGCGUUUGUGCGCUCGGAAUGGAAGCUGCAGGUGGAGGAGAGCGGCCGCCAGGCCAAUAUGGACGAUUGCGGCGUGUUUACGGUCACGAACGCGCGUUCUUUGGUUUUGGGCGUGAAGCCCCAUGAGUUUGCAGGAGAAGAACUUGCGCAGUUCUCCUCAAUCACAGCCGCCAACAUGGUCAAAGUUGGAAUUCUAGGUGCCUCUGGUGGCAUUGGCCAGCCUCUUUCACUCCUCUGCAAGAUCUCUCCUCUCAUCGACGAGAUUACCCUCUGGGAUGUGGUCAACACUCCUGGUGUCGCCGCCGACCUGGGCCACAUCUCCUCGAAAGCCAAGCUCACUGGUCAUGUUGCCGCUAAAGGCGACUUCGCGAUGAAGCAAGACGAGAGCAACGCGGCACAGAAGGAGGCUCUUUCAGGCCUGGACAUCGCCAUCAUCCCUGCCGGUGUUCCUCGCAAGCCUGGCAUGACCCGUGACGACCUUUUCAAGAUCAAUGCUGGCAUCGUCAAGGGCUUGGUCGAAGCUCUUGCAAAGUACUCGCCCAAAGCAUAUGUCUUGGUCAUCUCCAACCCCGUCAACUCGACCGUCCCGAUCGCUGCCGAGGUGCUCACCGCGGCCGGUGUGUUCGACGCCAAGAAGCUCUUCGGUGUCACAACCCUCGAUGUGGUGCGCGCCGAGACAUUCGUUGCAGAGGUCACUGGCAGCAAGGAGGUGCCCGACAAGACUACAAUCCCCGUCGUUGGUGGCCACUCUGGUAAUACGAUUGUUCCACUCUUUAGCCAGGCCAAGCCAGCCGUCAACAUUCCCGAGGACAAGCUGGACGCUCUUGUCCACCGUGUUCAAUUCGGUGGUGAUGAGGUUGUCAAAGCGAAGGAUGGUGCGGGCAGUGCCACUCUCUCCAUGGCGUACGCCGGAUUCCGCUUCGCCGAGGCUGUGCUGAAGGCCAAGAAGGGCGAGAAGGGCAUUGUUGAGCCGGCCUUUGUCUAUCUUCCUGGUGUCCCCGGUGGUGAGGAGAUCCAGAAGGCUACUGGUGUGGAUUACUUCUCAGCUCCUGUCGAGUUUGGCCCCAACGGUGUCGAAAAAGUCAUCAAUGUCCUCUCCAAUGUCAACGACUACGAGAAGAAACUGCUCGACGAGGCCGUCAAGGGUCUCAAGACCAAUAUCGAGACUGGCGUCGACUUCGUCAAGAACCCUCCCCAGAAGUAG